GAUUUCAGUUGAGCUGCGUACUGUAAACUGACUACACAGCAAUGCGGACAAAGAAGGCAAAACAUGGGGGAAUAAUGCGUUUUAUGCUCUCCGGGCCGGUCGGAAUGUUGUUUGGAAGUGAAGUGUAAUCCGGGAGGGAUUUAUAACCACGCCAAAACGGACGUUAACGGACUUGGAAGCGGCACCGGGCGGAUAUUUUCCCGACAAACCCUCUUCCACAUCCGUGUUCCCGGACUUCAUUUGGGAUAGUGGACUGGUGCAACAAUGAUAGCGUGACUAUUGCCCCGCCGGUGGCCGUCUUUGCUAGCGUAGCUACACAUUUCCAACAUAGUCGCCAUGGUGGACUCCGUCAGGAAGACUUUUGUUGUGCCCGACAUUCAGCCUCUGGACGUCUAUGACAGCACGAAAGCGAGAAUUUGCUCCAGCGUCGCCUGGCUCUUGGCAAAGUCGUACAGCAGCGCAGGUACGUUUGACUCGCAGGCCUGAGAAUGUCCCUGCUGAGCUGCGUGACCCCUUCUACUGUGACCAAUAUGAGCAGGAGCACCUUAAACCUCCAGUUGCGCGCCUUCUACAAUCAUCGGAGCUUUACUGUCGCACCUACAGCCUUUUACUGGUGAACACAGAAAAUGAGGCGCAGCCUAAAGACAAUGUUGCGCUGCUGCAGCUCUUCACAAAGAAGGGAAUUGUCCCAAAAGACCGGGACAUGCCGGUCACGGAUGCAGACCUUCGACAGAAGCCCAUUAAAAUGAGCGCUCACCUGGCGGUGAUGGACGCCCUGAUGGCCGUGGGAGCCAUGGAGACGGUGACUAUGGUGAAGACGUGCGGUUCUGCUGACCUCCUGGGAGCGGAAUCUAAGUGGGAGGAUGCUCUGCUUUACUGGAUUAACAAGUUGAACCAGAAGCUGAGAGAGCGAACUGAAGCAGCCCAUAAUGAAGCAGACAACACUGUUGGAGACCAGCAGCCACUUCAGCCCACUUGUCCUACUCGCUGGUAUUGGAAACUUGUUCCUAUUCGCUACAGAAAGGAUAUAAUCCAGUCCAAACAUAAGCCUGUGUUUCCAUCGGUCACUGAAGUUUCAGACCUGUCCAGUGGCUGUGCUGUCGCGGCGGUCAUCCACUACUAUUGUCCUGGCCUGCUCCGGCUGGAAGAUGUUUGCAUGAAGGAAUCAAUGACAGCUGCAGACAGUUUGUACAACCUGCAGUUAAUUCGGGAAUUCUGCGAGAGUUGUCUGAAGAGCUGUUGUCACCUGGCACUGGAGGAUAUGUUUUACACGCCUCAGGAGCUCAAGAGCAAUCUGCUGAGUUUCCUGGCAGAACUCCUCUCCUGGUUUGAAGUACAAAAGCCAGAAUUUGUUCAACCUGUUGACACUUUAAAUGGAUCCGGAGCAGUGACACCAAGUAGUGUGAGCGACAGCAGCACGUCACCAUCAAUCUUCAGGAAACCCUUCCUCCCAAUUUCUUCUCCUGCAUCGGGCUCUUUGAAUCAGUCUACCUCAAUGUCUCAUUUAGAGGGCGCUGGAAAGACCUGGAGCCGGAAAUCCUUAAGCCGCCCUCUCUCAGCGGUGUCCUUCAGCAUUCCUUUUGGCCUGGACAGUGAUGUGGACAUCGUCAUGGGGAACCCUGUGAUCACCCGCUCUGUGAGCUCAGACCAGCUGAACCCAGCAUCCAAGGCCAUGGCCCGGGUUCCAAACACCCCUCCUGAAUACGUCAGCCACUUCAGUAGCAAACCUCAUGGCUCCAGUGGGUCCCAGAGAAGCUCAUGGAGCAGCCAGUCGCCAAAUGUACCGCGGCUACCAGAAGAGAACGGUGUUGGUAGCAGCGAAACUGGGGAGCUGCCCACGAUUGAAGAAGCGCUUCAAAUCAUCCACAACGACAGCAAAAUGGAGCCUCGUUUACACCCCGACGGAGCCCCUGACGGUUUCUACCUCCACUCUCCUGAUGAUGUCGCUGGUUCCCGACACGCUAAGCCCACUGCGCCGGUCAGCAGCUCCGCUCCGUCUCGCUCCGGGACUCUUUUCCGACCUGCAGGGGAAUCCAAUGAAGUGGGUCGCACCAGGAACGGCUCUGAGUGUUCCCGCGACGACGAUUCAGUUCUGAGGGACGGCAGCGUGGACUCAGACGCAUCAGAAGACCUGCCCAAGGCCCAGUCCACGCCCAACACCCCCGCUGCUGGUUCUGCGAGAACACAUGACUCUUCAGACAGCGGGGUGAAGAUGACCACCUUCGCCGAGCGGAAAAAGAAGCAGGUCACGGACUCGCCCAAAGCCAGCCAACCGGCUCCUCAGAUGACCACAUGGGCACAGAAGACAGAAGAAAGCCCCAGCAAGAACCCAGAGCUUAAUAACGAAAUGUCUGACCUGGGGGUUCGACUUGAAGAAAAGAGAAGGGCGAUUGAGGCUCAGAAGAAACGCAUUGAGGCCAUUUUUGCGAAGCACCGGCAAAGGCUGGGUAAGAGCGCCUUCCUGCAGCUAAAAAAGGAGCAAGGUGAAGGAGAGGAGGAAGAGGAGGGAAGUGUUCCGUUGAGAAAGUCUUCCACUGAAGAAUCCCUCUCACGUCUAACACUGGAUGAGAGGCUGGCAGGGCUGGAGGAUGAAGCAAGACAAGGCGAACCCCGCCCCCCAGUGGACAAUGAGAGUAACGCCAGAGGCGCACAGAAAAUCAACACUGUCGCCUCCAACGAGACCGCCGCCGCAGCGGGGAGGAGCUCCGGAACACCCGGAGAGAAAGCGGCUCCUCUCGGGGACUAUAAUAACGCAGUGUCGAAGCUGACUGCAGCACUGAGCUCAUUACAGAGCGACAUGCAGAGACUCACCGAGCAGCAGAACCAGCUCAUCAACAACAAGGCCGCAGGCCCCGCGAACAAGUCCUGGGUCAUCCCAGCUGGUCCCAAGUCCUCCUCCCAAGCACCGUCCCCAGCGCACUUGUCCCGCGGGUCCCCCCGGAAUCUAAGCCCAGGCUCCCACAGAGUUGCGAACUACACCACUCCUCCCAAAUCUCCAAAACCCCAGCGAAGAGCCCAGUCUGUUCCCCCUAAGAGCCCCAAGCACAGUCGACAGUUAGACGCUAGAGUCCCAACCUUGGCCAGAGUCCUCAACACUCCUACAAACGUGGAUCGCAUUCCGCAUCUACGCCGAGUGAACCCCUCGCAGACCCAGGUCCAGACCUCCUCUUCCUUCUCCAUCAGUGACUCGGACGGAUUAGAGGAGCUGCGCUCCACUGUGUCGACGCCUGUACCCACACCGACCCCAUCGUCCACACCGAUCCCUCGGACCUCCCGGCCCCUGGCGGACGACACGAUCUCGGAAGACGGCCUCAACGACUAUCAAAGUAUAUUUAGCAUGGACCUGGACACGGGGGAACGGUCGCCGUCCAAAAGAGAUGAGCCUACAAAUGGAGCCUGCAGCUCCGGUGCGCCUUCAGAGUGCUCUUUUGAGAGUGACGCAGCUGCCGUGGUGAUGAAUGGGAAACGUAGCAGCCUCAUUGAGAUCCCUCUAUCUGCCCUACGGCAAGAGGAGGAGGAACCCGAAGCUGAUGCUUUAUCGGACGCCUUGAGUGACAGGACCGAGCCGGAGAUGAAAGGAGGCGUGGGCUUCUUUUUCAAGGACGACAAGGAAAGAACAGAGGACGAGAUGGCCCAGAGAAGAGCAGCCCUGUUGGAGAAGCAGCAGAAGAGAACAGAGGAGAUGAAGAGGCGCAAACAGGAGCAAGAAAAAGAGUCAAACAAACCCCAGUGGAUGGUCAUUGAAGGCUGGGGGAAAAAGAGCGAGGAACAGCCCCAAACACCAGGCACUCCUUCGGGUUCCCGCACACCGUCAGCCGAAGGGACCCCGCAGCGCCGCGGAGAGUUCACCCGGCAGGAGUACGAGCGCCGGCAGCAGCUGAAGAUCAUGGAGGACUUGGACAAGGUUCUGAGGCAGAAACCCACCACAGUGCGCGGUGUCAAGAAGCAGAGACCCAAGACCGUGUUCAGGGAUGACUCCGCCCUCUCGCAAAGUCCGGUCCGGGGCUUGUUAGGUUCCAGGCUAAACAAGGUCUACUCCCACUCCACCAUGAAUCUGUCGUCCAUGGCAAAUGACCCUGGAGGACUGAAUGUGCGAAAACCUGCCAGCCGCUCUCACUCACCUUCACGGCUGAGGUCGCCAGGUAAAAUGAGCGCUCAGAACGGCGACUGGGAGAAUGGCUCCACCAUUUCCUCCUCCGCCUCCAUCCCUGAAUACACCGGUCCCAAGCUGUACAGGGAGCCAAGUUUCAAGUCCAACAAGUUCAUCAUCCACAACGCCAUCACUCGCUGCUGCCUGGCGGGAAAGGUCAACGAACUGCAGAAGAACAAGAUCGUGGAGGAAAUCGAGAAGAGCCCGGCCAACCACUUCCUCAUCCUCUUCAGGGAUUCCAGUUGCCAGUUCAGAGCCGUUUACACCAUGAACCCAGAGACCGACGAGAUGAGUCGGCUGGCCGGCAACGGCCCGCGCGUCAUCACCCUGGACAUGGUGGAGUCCAUUUACAAGUACACGUCUGACCGCAAGCAGUUCUCCAGUAUCCCGUCCAAAACCAUGUCCAUGAGCGUGGACGCCUUCACCAUCCCCAGUCACUUCUGGCAGAAGCGGCCGGGAACCCCGAAGAAGUUAGGCACCCCAAAAUAAAAAAAGACAUCUCAUAGAUGCGCAGACUUCAAUCCUGACUCUGGCCAACUUUUACUUCUGCUGCGCGCACUUGAGAUAUUGUUCGCAUCCUACAGACUCGAUGAAUGACUUGGACGCAGUUGGUGCCAUGAAGGAAAAAACAGAACUGCGCUACCAAGAUUGUAAACAUGUCCCCUUUUAAUGAAUGACGCUCCUGCCUCCUAAUGCCUUGCCUUCGCCCAGCCACUGGGAGGCGCUCUCGCAACACUUAAAAAAAAAAAAAAAAAAAAAAAGGUCACUGCCUUCCCCGAGUUAAUCGGGCCAGAGUUGAUCUCUGAAUUCCUGCUUGCUCUCCUUUCGCUGCCUUUUCUAUCUCCAGGGCUCUUUGUCUGCUGCUCACAGGGACGUUAUUCUUCGCUCUUUCUUCUGAGUAAAAGAUCUCGGCUGACAGUGAGAGCCCUCAUGAAUGUAGGCCACCUCCCCUCCCUGUUCAGGGGUGUCUUGUUCUGGAAGGUAGUACAGUAGUACAGAAAGAAUCCUUCAUCUGUCAGCAUCUGGAUGUUUUUAUACACUUUUUUUUCAGCUGCAGAAGUGGCUUCAGAGCUGAACAAAUGGAAUCAUGCCUUUUCUUCUCUAUAUAAAGGUUCUUUGGCAGAACAAAGAUGGAGGCGGGCUUAAUCAUCUCGGAGAGCGAAAAGAUGCUAAUAUAUAUAUAUAAUGAAUGCUAAUCACUUUGAUAUUGACCAUGAUUUGUAAAAAAAAACAGUUGUAAACUAGGAAUAAGCUGCUUGAGCAUUCAUGAGCUGGAUGUUUGGGAUGCGUGAAUGAGGUUUGAAAUGAAAACGCUGGAACUUUUUUUUUUUUUUGUCUGAGGAUUAAAAAAAAAAAUCACGUGCAGAAGUCUGUUUUUUGUAUUAUGAUUCCGCAGCCAGUUUUAUAAUGAAGGAAUGUAGUUUCCCAGGACCGUGUGUGUGUGUGUCGAUGUUUGUGAUUCAUACUGCGACACGAGUUUUUCCACUGCGUCCGUGCGGAUGUUCCUCAUGACUGCCUCCAACUGUCUGAAUGAGAGAGGGUGAUUGUGUCAGAGCGCACCUGGUUUGUAUUUAUUUGUUGAGUCGUGUCGUAGAUGAACACAUUCUGAUUCUGUGCAAUCCUCCCGUAGAAGUCCCCUUCACCUGAUGUGUAUUUAUUUGGUUUGAAUUAGUUGGUUAUUCUUAUGUUUCAGGUCCUGUUUGUUUUUUUUCCUCAUUCAUUUCAUUUUUUUUUCUUUUCUGUCAUUGAAUCUGUGCCACCUGAAAUUUGUUGUUUAUUCAUCUCAUACUUACCUUUAAAACUGGACCAGGUGAAUAAACAUUUUUGAGAGCAUUUUUACCUUCUUCCUCUA